UCAUAAAUAUUUUAGAACUACUUUUGGAAUAAAAUAUUUUUAAAAUGUUGGAUGAGACCUAAGAUUUAAAGAUGUAAUGAUAGCGUGAAACGUAAAUGGAAGACUACACGAAAUUAUGUCACAUUAAAAAAUAUGACAAGUUUAAAAAAAUAAAUGUAUUUUAAAAAUAAAAGACAGUCUACUUUUGGUUUUUUGUUUUCUUUUUGGGUUACAAAUGGGGUAAAGGGGAGUUAAAAUUUCAAUUACUAUUAAACUAUAUUUACUUUAGCAUUUAACUUAGUUAAUGGGCACAAAAAUAGAAGUUUAGUAACUAUUAAACACUUAAAAAAAUUUAAAAAUUGGACAAACUAAAUAUAAUUCACUUGACAACAUCCGAAUAUGUUGGUAAUUAAAUCCUCUAUCCAGUUGUACUUAACAAAAGUUUUAAGGACCAAAUUCUAAAAUUCAUGAAUUGAACAAUUAAUUUAAUUUAUUCUCUCUCAAUAUGAAAGUAAAGAUGAAUGAAUGAAUGAAUGAAAUGAAGGUUACGAUAGCAUUCAACCACUUUGGGGAGAAGCUAGUGCAAAGGAUGCCGCGAUGCCGAUUAGGUUACAUUCACGUCGUCAACAAUGACUUCACCCAAUGGGAAAUGUACGCAAUCGGCGGCAGCGGAAACCCCACCAUCAACAGCCAAGGCAACCGCUACACCGCCCCCUACGACCGCAACGCCAAGGAGGUCACUAAGCGAGUCGAAACUUCCGAGUCCGAGUGGCGUGGCUGGAACUGGCGGUCCGAGGGCGACAUUCUCGUCAACGGCGCCUUUUUCGUCACUUCCGGCCAAGGCCUUGAAGUCAAGUACGAGAAAGCCUACAGCGUCGAGCCCAAGUCCGCCGCCCUAAUUGACCAGCUCACUUGGCACGCCGGCCCGCUCGGCGUCGGUGGCCGGGAUAAUAAUUUGGGAAUGUGGACUACUGGCCCUAACGGUGGAGGCUUUGCGCUUGGGUCUGGUAUGGACUAUACUGACGACAUGUCGGAAAGUUAUUUUGUUAGGGCUUUUUCUCUUUUGUUGGCCUGUUUUUGCGCAUUGGUGGUUGCUUUUAUGCUAUGACGACAUGUCGGAGUAUUUGAUAGAACAGAAAAGAAAAGGACAGGUAGAGUGGGUUUUUGCAUUUUUCUUAAAAUGGCAUAAAGAAGGCCUAAAAAUGUAAAUCCAUUCGUUGCGUUACCCAUUGUAUGCCAAAACUGAGUUUAGUUUAUCUAAUUUUCUUUUUGUUAA